AUGUAUCUGCCUAUUUUACUAAACUUAGAGAGUUUUUGGGAUGAAUUUGAAGCCUUAAUCCCACCUCCAUGUUGUCCUUGUCCUGAAUCCAAAAAGUAUAAGGAACACUUCCAGUUACAAAAGUUGUGGCAGUUUCUAAUGGGCUUAAAUGAGUCCUAUGAUCACUCUAAAAGUUAGGUGCUCAUAACCUAUCCACUUCCCAAUAUUAAUCAAGCAUAUGCUAUGAUUAUCAAUGUGAAGAGUCAAAGGAAGAAUAUGGUGAAUAGUGCAAGCUAUGAAGUUGGAGAGUCUUCAUCAUCAGCCCUGAUGAGCAACAGGGUUGAACCACCCAACUUUAUGAAUAAUAGGAUUGAAGCAUCUAGUUCUAUGAACAAUAGAGGUUCUAACCAUGGAUACAACAGUGGAUACUCAAACUCAAAUUCUGUAUAUAACAGUGGGUUCAGACCAAAGAAUCACUGUGGCAAAUCAGGACUAUUCUGUGAUCACUGCAAAAACAAAGGGCAUACAAGGGAAACCUGCUGGAAAAUACAUGGCUAUCCUAGUGAUUUCAAGUAUAAAACGAGCAGGAAUUCAAAUGGAGGAAACUCAAACUCUUAUGCACACAAUGCUGUCAACACCUUUGUCCCUGAUGAACAUACAUAUGCAGCACCACAACAUACAGCAGCACCACAACAUACAGGAUUUCACCCAUCUAUUCCUAUCUUUACUCAUGAACAGUACUCUCAAAUCUUGCAGAUGCUAAAGGGAAAGGAGAAUGCACCUACAGUCAACACUAUCAAAGUGGACACAACAGACACUUCAUCAAGUGCUACAGGAAAUCUCAAGUGGGAAGGUGAUAGGGAUUGGUAGAGAGGAUGAUGGUUUGUACAUCUUGAAGGCUUACAAGGAGAAUUAUGGUGGUGAUUCAAGCAACGGACAGGAGUGUUGUUCUUCUAACUCUGUAAAUAUUAGUAGUUUUGUUUCUAAUAAUGAUGUGUGUGAUAUUGCUGCUGCCUCUAGGAAUAAAGUGAUGUGUGAUACUGUGUCUCAGAAUAGCAUGUGUGAUAGUUCUGUUUGGCAUAGAAGGCUAGGGCAUGCCCCUCUCAAGGUGUUAUCUCACAUUGAUUGCUUACAACAU